AUGCCUGACAUUGUGUUUCCCCCUUCUCCAGACGAAGAGUUGGAUCCUGAGGCAUCAGAGUUUGAUCUGGGCACAAAGAUCAAGACUCCUAAAGACACCAUGCUGGAGGAACUGUCUCUGUUGACCAACAAGGGAUCCAAGAUGUUCAGGAUGAGGCAACAGAGAGUGGAGCGCUUCAUCAUCACCAACGAGAAUAUGGUGAGGACAGGGAGACAGAGGGGGAGGGGAGGUCUGUUUGUCAGUGAGUGUCUUUGCACACUGAUCUGGCUUUGUGUGUCUGUGUGUGUGUGUAUGUGUGUGUGUGUGUGCGUGUAUGUGUGUGUGUGCGUGUAUGUGUGUGUGUGUGUGUGCGUGUAUGUGUGUGUGUGCGUGUAUGUGUGUGUGUGUGUGUGUGUGUGUGUGUGUGUGUGUGUGUGUGUGUGUGUGUGUGUGUGUGUGUGUGUGUGAAGGCCUAAUGCCAAGGGAGCCCCAGAGAGCUGAGUGUUUAAGUGUACCAGUGUGUGUGAGUGUGUGUGUGUGUGUGUGUGUGUAUGUGUGUGUGUGUGUGUGUGUGUGUGUGUGUGUGCUUAUCUGACUUUGUGUCCUGCCUCAUCUAGCAGAAACUCCAGCAGCUGGUUCCAUCCCUGGGGUGUGAGACGACAGCCCCACCACUCACUCAGGAACCUGAGCUCGGUAGAACUAAGCACUUUUACAUUCCAUUAGUUCAAUUGUCCCAAGCUAAAUCAAGCACACCUCAAGCAUGUGAAAGUAUUUGACAUUCAUAUGUGUUGAACGGCUGGUCUGAUAUCAACACGUGUGCGAUGGCGUUGUGUUUAUCUAGAGGAGGACAAGGAAGCAGAGAAAGAAAAGAGGAGGCAGCAGUAUGUGCGUACCUACGUGUCGCCAUGGGAACGGGCCAUGAGGGGAGACGAGUCCCUGACCUCUACCAUGCACCACCGCAUGGCUGGACCACAUACCCCCCACGACAUGCCCAAGUUCAAGAGCUUCAAUAGGUAAAACCUAGUCUAUAGUGUUGUCGGCUAUGACAUGGCCUUCAAUCUGCUGAUGUAACUACCAUGUAUACUGUACAUAAUGAUAGUAAUAUUUGAUUGACAGGACGGCCCUGCCCUAUGGCGGCUCCGAGAACGCGGGAGGCCACUUGACCUUCGAGCCUCCUGAGAUCUCAUUCGCCCCAGUGGAGGCGGAGUCCCUCCACUCCCUGCAGGGGGACAUUAGGUCCCGCCCCUCGUUCAACCGCACCCCCAUCGGCUGGGUGUGUAACCUGGAGGACAACUCACACAUCCACAUGGAGCUGGACAACAUGCUGCCCUUCGACGGAGAGACGGGCGAUCUGUAG